GGGCUGCACGCACGUAACUGGAAUGCUAUCCCCCCUCGCUCUUUCUUAGUGAGGGAGAAGGAAACUGACACAGUGAAAGCGCCUACAACAGCUUGCUGAUGCUGCUUUUUGUCUGUGGUUUCUGAAACGGAGAGGCUUUAUACCCAUGCUGGAAUUACUAGGGUCCUGCGUUUAUAAAUGGAAUUUCUAGAUUUGUUGCUGCUUUCUUUCUUUUUUCCUACUGCAGCCUGCUGGGAAGGAUUGAGUGAAAUAUCUGAGAAAAUUCCUUGUUACUUGCAUUAAUUUUUAUUUCUUCAAGAAGAAAAGCCUCUGAAUUAAAAUCAAAUUUCUGCCAAAAGGAAUGGGCACCUGGAAAUACAGACAGAAUGAAGAAAUACUUUAAACUGAAAAUUCUGACCAAGUUCUAAAUAAAACACAGAGCCCAGCAAGAAUGGAUUUAUCAGAAAAUACUUGCUGCUUAAGGUUUACAGCUGAAUGAUUCUGGACCAAAAACAGAUCCUUGAUUUAAUGAAGAAGCCAUCAUAAUUUAAGCCUUACACCACAAAUAAUUCUACAGACAUGGAACUGACCAUCUCUAGCUAUACAACACAGAAAAGCGUCUGAGACUUACAAAGAAUGCCAUUUUUAUUAAGGAUAUUAAACCAAAACAAAAAAAUUCUUCACAUGCAGACUUAAAAUAAGGAAAAUUCUCCCUCUCUUUCUUCUUAGAACUGUUCUUCCAGCAGAGUAACAGAACUAUAAAACUUUUCUCUUAGUUAACUGGAUGUUUUUAGGCUCCAUGUUCAAAGUUCAUAGAAAACACUGAAUAUAAUGGAGCUCACCUGGAAAUAUACUCUCACCAAUAAGAAUAAUUUAAUGUAUUGAUGCAAAAGAAGUAUAGAUAUGAGAACUAAACAAUUUAUUUCUCUCAAGUCAAACUUUUUCUGGAAAACUGGAUGUCCAUUGGAUUAGUAAGCACAAACUAUUCCCUCAUAUAUUUAAAUAAGGUUAUUGAAAAUUAAGCACCAGUUUGUGUGCAAAUCUCACUGCAACUUGACCAUGAUCAGUGUAACCUGGAGUUUCAUCCUUAUUUGGACAAAGAUAGGGCUGUUGCUGAAAAUGGCACCUCAUUUUGCCAGUGCCAAACCAUGCCCUUCGGUGUGCCGCUGUGAUGCAGGAUUCAUUUACUGCAAUGAUCGUGACUUGACUUCUAUUCCAAUUGGGAUUCCAGGGGAUGCUACAACUCUUUACCUUCAGAACAAUCAAAUUAAUAAUGCUGGGAUUCCUUCCGAGUUAAAAACCUUAAUAAAAGUAGAGAGAAUUUAUUUAUAUCACAACAGCUUGGAUGAAUUCCCUAUCAACCUUCCAAAAUACGUCAAAGAAUUGCAUUUGCAAGAAAAUAACAUAAGGACAAUUACUUAUGAUUCACUGUCACAAAUUCCUUAUCUAGAAGAAUUGCAUUUGGAUGAUAAUUCUGUUUCUGCUGUUAGUAUUGAAGAUGGAGCCUUUCGGGAUAAUAUUUAUCUCAGACUACUUUUUCUUUCUCGAAAUCACCUAAGCACCAUUCCCUGGGGCUUGCCUAAAACAAUAGAAGAGCUGCGCUUGGAUGAUAAUCGUAUUUCCACAAUUUCAGAGGUGUCCCUUCAAGAUCUUACAAAUUUAAAACGUCUAGUUUUAGAUGGAAAUCUCUUAAGCAAUCACGGAUUAGGAGAGAAGGUCUUCACAAAUCUAGUCAAUUUAACUGAACUUUCACUAGUUCGUAAUUCUCUUACAUCAGCUCCAAUAAACUUGCCGGGCACAAAUCUGAGAAAGCUUUAUCUACAAGAAAACCAUAUCAAUCAUGUACCACCUAAUGCUUUUGCAUAUCUACGACAAUUAUAUCGAUUGGAUAUGUCAAACAACAAUCUCAGUAAUUUACCUCAGGGUGUCUUUGAUGACCUAGACAAUAUAACCCAGUUGUUUCUUCGCAACAACCCUUGGCGCUGUGGGUGCAAAAUGAAAUGGGUUCGUGAUUGGCUACAGACCCUGCCUCUCAAAGUUAAUGUACGUGGACUGAUGUGUCAAGCACCAGAAAAAGUGCGGGGCAUGGCUAUCAAAGAUCUCAACAAAGAGCUAUUUGAUUGCAAAGAUGAAGAUGUUGUAAGCACGAUCCAAAUUACUGCUUCAAUACCAAACACAUUAUACCCUGUGCAAGGACACUGGCCCAUUUCUGUGACCAAAUCUCCUGAAAUAAGGACUGUUAAUCCACAUAAAAAUUACAGAACAGCUUCUCCAGCACAGGAAAUCAUUACCAUUGUAGUAAAAUCUGUAAGCACGGAGACUAUUCAUAUUUCUUGGAAAGUUGCACUACCCAUGACUGCUCUGAGACUUAGUUGGCUCAAAAUGGGUCACAGCCCAGCCUUUGGAUCUAUAACUGAAACCAUUGUUACAGGGGACCGAAAUGACUACCUGCUCACUGCACUUGAGCCAGAUUCCCCAUACCGUGUAUGCAUGGUUCCCAUGGAAACCAGUAACAUCUAUCUAUAUGAUGAAACUCCUGUCUGUAUAGAGACCGAAACUGCUCCUCUUAGAAUGUACAAUCCUACAACAACCCUAAACCAUGAACAAGAGAAAGAACCAUACAAAAACUCUAACUUGCCCUUAGCUGCCAUCAUAGGAGGUGCAGUGGCUCUGGUAGCUAUAGCAUUGCUUGCUUUAGUAUGCUGGUAUGUCCACAGGAAUGGUUCCUUGUUCUCAAGAAAUUGUACCUAUAGCAAAGGACGGCGAAGAAAAGAUGACUAUGCUGAGGCUGGAACUAAGAAGGACAAUUCCAUCUUAGAAAUCAGGGAGACUUCUUUUCAGAUGAUCUCUCUGAACAAUGAGCAAGUGUCUAAAGAGGAGUUUGUAAUACAUACCAUAUUUCCACCUAAUGGGAUGAAUUUAUAUAAAAACAACCACAGUGAAAGCAGUAGUAACAGAAGCUACAGAGACAGUGGUAUACCUGAUUCAGAUCACUCACAUUCAUGAUAGUAAGAAAAUGGAAGACUUGGGGUAGUUACUUUUUCUCACAAAGGAAGGCAACUUUACUGGUUGCUGGAGUACUACAGAACACUGGAUUAAAAGACUGUAUAAGCAAUGUAUUGUACAUUUGCCAUAUAAUUUAUAUUUAAGAACUUUUUAUUAAAAGUUUCAAAUUUCAGGUGACUGCUGCGAUUAAUGUAGCAAGGAUGCCUGAAAACAAUUCUAUAUUUUAGUAUUUUUUAGUAAUUUGUACUGUACUUUCCUUCCUACUAUUGAAAUUACAAACCAUUUAACUUUUGUGUUCAACUGAGUAAGAUGACUUGUUGACUGUGAAAGUGAAUUUUCUUGCUGUGUUGAACAAUCAGGACCGUUACAUUUGAGAUCCUUGUAAGUAUAAGCACAGGCCAUAUUCACUUUGGUAUCCGUUAAAGGUGUUUUUUAAAAAUGGCUACAAAAUUGAUAAAAAUACAAUCCUGGGUAUAUUAAACCAAUGAGCAUUUAAUAAAUUAAAUAGCAAAGUAGUGGGCAAUACCGGUUAUAUAGUUAUAAACAAUAAAAUAGCUGUUGAAAACUACAAGUAAUUGAAAUCUCAUAAGGUAGAUGUAUUCAAGCACAUUUCAUUGAUGCAAAUAGAGAUGUGCGUGCAAAAGGUUUUUUUUUAAAUAGCAAAACCACUGUAUUACAGGAGGAUUGGGUAGGAUGAUCUGUUAAACCAUUCAAAGCCAGACAAGAGUUAAAUAGGAUUGAAACUUAGAACACUUCAAUUGUUCUGUUUCAGACAAAUCUGCACAUGGAGAGUAAACCAAGGCUGGGGAACAUCAUCCUCUGUUCUCGCUGUAUACUGUCCAGUAUAUUCCACUAUCCUGCCCACCUUCUUGGUUUUCCAAUAUUUCCCUUCUCUUGCUUUAGCUGCUGCUGCCAAUAUCUCAAUGAGAUCCCACAGUGUCUCAGCUUUCUCAGUCUUUCCCUCUUUUCCCUUCUAUCAAUUCCUUAUGGACUUGGUUUCCUCACCACCCCUUAAAUUACUUCUUGGACAAAACAGUACCAAUUCAUUCUGUGCAUGGAGCAAUAUACAUGUUUCAGUUUGGAUAUGGAAUACCUGAAACCAUCUCUUUCAUGCAGAGAAUGUUUUGCACAUGUCUAAUCCCAAUCUUGUCAUUGCUGAACAAAAAUGUACUUGCGUCUAAUUGUUAAAAUAAUGAUUGUAUCUGUGGAAACCAGAAAGCAAAAUGUAAAAGUUUCCUAAAUGUCUUAAAAUCAAAAAGAAAAAAACUUUUAAAACCUAUGAACCCUCUAGAACCUAUAUAAUAGAGACAAUUAUUUUAAUCUCACUAAAGCAUAUAUUUAUCUGAAUAUCCAGUUAAAUAUAUUCAACACAGAUGCGUACAUAUUUCAACUAUCAUCAAAAAUAUUGCCCGUUAUUGUCAUAGGUAUCUGGAAAUUUCUUAAUAGACAUGAGAGUGAAGUUCACCUACUUAGCUAUGAUAUAUUUUAAUACCCAAGACAUUUUGUUGCUGUAAUUGUUUUCCCCCAAUGAAAACCAAAGUGCAUUUUACACCCUUUGGCCAAUCUAGUAUGUGCCUUUAUCAAAGUCAGAUGUAUUCCAUUUUUAAUUGGAAACGAAGUUUUCACAAAUAUAAAGUUAACUAUAGAAAGAUAUUGACCUUAAAGCUUAAUAAGCUAUAGAAUGAAGUACAGAAAAAUAAGUGCUCUUCUUAUCCUCUGUACAGUACACAUACAUGUGUGUGUGUGUGUGUAGGUAUGUGUGUUUUAAAAAAGUGCUAUAUGAUGGAGUACCUUCAAAUUUUCCAUUCUGCACUGAACCAACCAAGUAAAUUACGGGAACAAAUCUGAAUGAUUGCCUGCAUCUACAAAAAAGCAUAGUAUUUAACAAGCAGUCUUCUCUGAACUUUUUAUUACAAAACAGAAAGAAACAGGAUAUAAAGAAAAAAAUAAGUUGAGUGGGACAGGUUCAGAUCCUUCCUUCUGUUAUUACGAUUUCUUAGCUUUUUGGCUAGUCAUUAUCUUCAAUACCAUCUACUUCACUAGUAGGGCUAUUAUUGUAGAGCAAGAGAGAAAAUUAUUUUACAGAUUGGGCUGCAUUUACCUUGGGGGGGAGGGAAGAGGCGGAGGGGAUUGCCCUUUUUUUAAAGGCGUAGUAAGGCGUUUUCCACAGUAUUUUUUUUUCUCCUGCCAGAAACUGAACCUGCAAUAUUCAGUGAUUUGCCACUAAAUUUUGGUGUUGCAACC